UGAUAGGUUUAACAGCAAAAGAGUCUUCAGGAAUUUAUACGGGAGCAAGCCCAGGUCUGGCAACAACUCCCCCAAAGUUUGCUGAGUCCUGUGACAGGAAAUGGAAACCAGGCACAGGAGAUCAGACUCUGUAAAAUGGGACCUGCAAACAACCCUGAUCUGGUUUUGGUUACUCUUAAAGGAGUAGCAGUGAGACCUCAUAGGGACAGAAUAAUGUGGGCCCUUUGACUGACACCCUAUUUAACCAGAGAAGCACAUAUAUGGCUCUUAGUGAUUAGCGGGCAAGAGAUUAUGACAUAAUUAAGGCAGCCAUGUUGGACCAGGUGGGGCCUCUCCACAGAAAAGUACUGCCAGAAAUGUAGAGUUGAAAAAUGGAUUGAGGGAUUAGGCCUCUGUGCAUUUGGACAGAAAUUAAAAGAUUGGGCCACUCAUUGGUAAAGCCAGAUACUGAAACUGGGGGAGAUCAUGGACUGCAUGAUUCUGGAAGUUUCUUCAGAGUCUCCCUGAGCAUACCUGAGUAUGGGUUACGUGGCGCCAGCUGGUUAAUCUGGACCCCAUAGUUAAAGAUACAGAGGUAUUUGCAGAGGCGGACAUUCCCAGAGUGAGUCAGUGGUUUAAGGGACUAGAUUUGAGAAGGACCAGAGUGCCUCCAGCUGGGAAGGGCAGCAAGUAGCAGAGGAAGGUGCCUCAAGGAACUGUAGUGGGAGCUUGGCCUACAGUGUGCUUCCGACAUGGACGUGAAGGACAUCUAAAAAGAGACUGUCCUAAAAUGGGCUGUGGGUUUGCACAGUUUUGUGGCUGGGACAAGACUCCCAGGCAGGGAAGAAAAAAGAAAGUAGUUACCAUAUUGGUCUGGGUAGGGAGGAGCCACCAAAGGGACUAAUGGACACAGCUUCAUCCUGUUUGCUAAUCAGGCAGGAGUUAGUGAAACCCCACUGGAUACUUCCCAGAGGCAAGUACGUGGUGCAUUUCUUCUACCCGCUGGAUUUCACCUUCGUCAGCCCCACCGAGAUCAUCGCCUUUAGCGAGUGCGCCGAGGAUUUCCGCAGGCUGCGCUGCGAGGUCCUGGGGGCCUCCGUGGACUCGCACUUCGCCCACCUGGCCUGGGUCAACACCCCGCAGGAGGAGGGGGGGCUGGGCACCAUAAACAUCCCCCUGCUGUCGGAUCUGACCCACGGCCUGGACGCCGAUUAUGGGGUGCUGAAGGAGGAUGAGGGACUCGUCUACAGGGGCCUGUUUAUCACUGACGACAAGGGCAUCCUGCGGCAGAUCACAGUCAGUGACCUGCCGGUGGGGCGCUCGGUGGAGGAGGUGCUGCGUCUGGUGCAGGCGUUCCAGUACACGGACACGCAUGGGGAAGUGUGCCCGGCAGGCUGGGAACCCGGGAGUGACACCACCAAGCCCACGGUGAAGGACAGCAAGGAGUACUUCGCCAAGCAGCACUGAGCUCGGGGCAGCUGGUGGAGAACCUGGUCUACUGUGAAGGUGCCCCCCCCCCCCCGUGCUCCCCUCCAUUGGAAGGGGAUAUUUGGUGGGAAGCUUGUGACUAAA